AUGAGUGGGCCGCCAGCAAAAAAGCAAAGAUUCCAGAAUAAGAAGAAAUUCUACCAACCCAGUAAAAAACAAUAUCUGGAAGUGGGACACAAGGGUUUCUUGGCAACAUGCAACUUCCAGGAAAAAGAUUGUGUGCGAGAGUGUUACAAUAUUUUGAAUCAAUAUGCCGAUGAAUUGUAUGGACCGGAAACAUUCGAAGAAUCGAGCGCAAACGAUAAACCCAAUAAUCCAACUGAGGAAGAGACCAAAACGGAAGAACCCGCCGAAUCCGAUGAUAUUGCGGAUGCAUUACAAAAACAAAUUGAUGCUACACAACAAAAGGCCAAACAGACCAAAAGACGAUUUCAGGUGGUUGAUACGGGUGCGACGAAUUGUAUUUUUAUUAAAACCACCUUAGCUGAACCGGCAUCCAUAACAAAGCAUAUUGUUAAGGAUAUUGCAGAGACUAAAAAACAAAAAACCCGUUACCUACUGCGUCUGCUGCCCAUUGAAAUUGUUUGCAAGGCAAAUAACAAGGAUAUUGUCGAUAGUGCUGGACAAUUAUGUGACAAAUAUUUCCUAAACGAACCCACAACAUUCUCCAUAGUAUUCAAUAAACGUUUCAAUAAUGACAUCAACCGGGAUACACUAAUCAAAGAAUUGGCCGAUAUUAUCCAUGCCAAAAAUGUGAAGCAUAAGGUGGAUUUGAAAUAUGCGAAGAAAUCCCUAAUAGUCGAGGUGAUAAAAGGUCUGUGUUGUCUAUCGGUGGCCGAGGAUUAUAUGGCAAUGAAAAAAUACAAUCUAGUCGAAUUGGGAAGACACAAUCAGAAUUACGAUGGUAAUUCGUCGGAUAAAUUGAACGAUGAUAAAGCUGCUAUUGCUGAUGUAAAUGAAAAGAGUGCCGACGACGACAAAACAAAAGAAAAUCCCAAAGACAAGUCUGAUGAAACAACAACUACUCCAUCGUUUAAAUAA